AAAACUCACAGCGCAUAUCCAUUCGCCUCCCUUUUUGUCCCUAAAAAUCGAAACCGACCCAUUCUCUCGCACUCGCGGUGCAGCUGCUGCGAAGAAGACGACGAUCUCGGCAAUGGUGUUCGCCUCUCUAAGGCCUGCGCCGUCUCUUCACCUUCCACCCAAGAACUACUCCACCAUCAAACAAAAAACCCUAAUCGGAGUUGGCGACGACGAUCUCCAGUCGAGAGGCAAACAACAACAAGCAAGUCUCACAUGCAAAAUAUCGCGCAGAGAUGCAAUGCUAUGCAUUCCGGCCGCCUUGGUCGCGCCCUUCAUACCGACUGGUCCCGCCGAGGCUCUCUCUCGGAAGGCAGAAAACAAGAGAAAGGUCAGGGAGAAGCUCGAGAAGCUGCGCGAGAAGGCGGGAGUGACGAAAGAGAAGACCGAAUCGAGUCCCGAAAAGAAGGAAAAACUGAGUCCGAACAGUCUCACUGUACUACCUCUGGUCGAGGCAUCUCUGUGAUGGAGUGCUUUUAUUCAUCUUCGUAACACUUAAAUUGAGUUAAUGUUACUCUGCUAGGAUUUCUCACACUUUCUAAUGCUACGCUGGCUUCAUUGGCUUUGUCAUUUAUCCCCAGAACAAAACUUGAAUGAAAAAAUUUGAUAACUCUUUUACGGCAAAAUCUGAAGAUGCUGCUUGUAUUAUCA